CGUGCUUGAAUUUGAAUUCAGGCGAGAGCGAACAACUUGUUAAGAUAUUAGUCAACUACUACAGCACAACAGAGGCUGUGAGCAGUAUUUGAACACUGUGUGUGUCUUCAUUUCUGGUGGGAUAGUCCGUAAGCGUGUAUGUGUGUAAUAUCAGGUAGUAUCAGGUAGAAUCGCCGCUACGUUUAAAUCGCUGCUCAGUGCUGUAGCUACGGGCAUCGCUGUUUGAGGGAGAGAUCACUACACUCGCAAUGAAAGCGGGCGUCGUCCACUGCCGUUGUUCAAAAUGCUACUCGGUUCCAGCACGGAAGCGGGUCCGUAAGCGAACUCCAGCCCUUACCUUGCUGUCUCUACCCGAGGAGAUCCUCCUGUGUGUGCUCCAGUGCCUCUCUGCUGAGGACCUGCUGUCUGUCAGAGCAGUUCACUCCCAGCUGCGGGACAUUGUUGACAACCACUCCAGUGUAUGGGCCAGGGUCAGUUUCAGGGACACGUGGCCGUCCCCCAACAGCCUUUGGCUAUUUGAAAGAGCUGCUGAGAAAGGGAAUUUUGAAGCUGCUGUGAAACUAGGGAUUGCUUAUUUGUACAAUGAAGGACCGUUGUUAAGUGAUGAGGGGCGAGCGGAUGUGUGUGGUCGCAAGGCCUCCCACUUUUUCAGCCUGGCAGAGAGCCUGCGCUCUCCUUUGGCAGAUCCCUUCAUCUGGGUGUUCAUCCGUCCACCAUGGUCGCCCACCGGCAGCUGCUGCAAGGCUGUGGUGUUCGACCGUCUCAAGGCUGAGUGUGACACCAACGUGGAGAAGAGAGGACCCUUGUUGCACUGUUUGGCAAGAGUUUUGCAGCUGUUUGAGGACGAUGAAAGACACUCUAAUGCCAUAUCUAUGCUGGAGCAGUCGUCACAGGCUGGCUGUCUACAGAGCUCCUACCUGUUGUGGGAGAACAACCGGAAAGCAGCCAUGGCAGAUCCAGGCAGGUACCUCCAGUGUGUCCGAACCCUUAGAGACUAUGCUGGCAAAGGAUGCUGGGAGGCACAGCUCUCCCUGGCCAAAGUGUGCAGCAGUGGGAAUCCGCUUGGUUUGGAGUCAAAAGCCUGUUCUGACUUAGUAGCUCAGCUCUUCAGUUCCUCCAACCCGGCUUCACGACACUGCACGCAGGGCAUCCUCAGACGAGGCAUCAAGGACACCAUGAGGUACAUCUUGGUGGACUGGCUCGUAGAGGUGACCACCAUGAAGGAUUUCUCCAGCCUGACGCUGCACGUGACAGUGGGUUGUGUGGACCGCUACUUGGCUCUGCGCUCUGUCCCCAAGGCUCGCCUCCAGUUAUUGGGAAUCGCCUGCAUGGUAGUUUGUACACGCUAUAUCAGUAAAGAAAUCCUGACAAUACGCGAAGCUGUCUGGCUCACGGACAACACCUACAAAUAUGAAGACCUGGUUCGAAUGAUGGGAGAGGUUGUCUCUGUGCUGGAGGGAAAGAUCAGGAGCCCCACACUGCUGGACUACGGGGAGGUGCUGUUGUCUCUGCUCCCUCUGGAGAGGCGGACCGCUCACCUAUUCAGCUACAUCUGUGAGCUGUCGCUGCUCUACUCUGCUCUCGCCACACCACCACCUUCCAAACUGGCCUGCGCUGCACUACUGCUUACACGAGCACUACAUCACUAUGCUCCCGUGUGGCCUAGCCAGUUGGUUAACUACACAGGCUUCUCCAAGCAAGACCUUGUCUCCUUUGCUGUGCUGCUCUAUGUCAAAUGUUUCAGUCAAGAUGUUCCCAAAGAUUACAGGCACGUGUCUCUUAUGGGCGUUAAGCAACGGUUUGAAGAUGAGGCCUACCAGCACAUCAGCAAAGAGAAGGUGAUGGACUUUAAAGAGCUGUGUCAGAUCUUGGAGAUUCCUGAGGUGGAGCCCCAGAUGGAGCCUCCCAGUCCCACUGGUCAACCAGCAGACAUCCACACCUUCCUCGCCUCUCCAUCUAGCACCAACAAGAGGAGACGCGAUGACACCAUGCAGGCCCACAGAGCAGGCUUUGUGACCACGCCCACAGCAGAGCUGUCCAAUCAGGAGGAGACGCUGCUGGGCGACAUCCUGGACUGGAGCCUGGACACUUCCUGCUCUGGUUAUGAGGGGGACCAGGAGGAGGAGAGCGAGGGAGAGAAAGACUGUGAUUCUUCUAUGAUACCCAUCAAACUGCACCUGUUGACUGAUGAAGACAAAAAACUAGAGCACUGCAGAGCCCUGUCCAGCGACGAAGACAGCUUCUGUGAAGCAGACAGGCAGGUGAGGAGGGAUCCCCAUGGCCAGGAACCCCUUUCCUUCUCUUCAGGAUACUCCUCUGUCCAGAGUGUUAGCCCCUCAUCCACAUGCUGCUCCUCCUCCUCCUCCUCCUACCCCCUCAUGCCUUGCACAUUCAAGACCAUUACCGGUUCCCUGGGCGCAGCCUCUGCCAGUGCCCAGCCGGGCUUCCGUCUUUUGGUGCCCAUGCAGAGGCCCCGGGGCACCUCCAGCAAACAAGUGAAGAGGAAGAACUCAGCGGCUCAUAGUGGAGGUGAGGUGGAAAGGGAAGAGGGGGAAGGGAAAGGAGACAAGUAUUCUGCCAAUGCAGGGUUUCUGAGCUUGUAGACAUUGGUUUGUUCGACGGUCCUCAGGCUGUUCACAGACCCCCUGCGCACUUUGUUCUCAAUGCUGUUCUUCACUCCUGUCCAUCUGCACGGGGCCAUCAAUUGCCAAAAGAUCAACAGACUUUGAGCCUAAGGGGAAACGAACAAGAUAAAUAUGAAUUAUCUAUAAACUUGCCUUUCUAUUACGUUACAUUUCAUUUUCAUGUUUACAAGCAUGGCACAAUAACAUACCUCCCAUAAACAAAGACUUGCAGUCAGCUCUGAAACCACUGGAACAUGACUUGACUUUCCUCAGGACCCUGGUACAAUUUCUGCUGUUUUACAGCCUUCUACAACAACCUAUCUCAGCUCACAUUAGAUAGUUGUAAAAGAAAUGAAUUCUCAUGGACUUAUUUUGGAAGGAAACAUUUUCAUUGUUAAGAUCAUAUUGUGGAAAAAAACGUAAACACAGCUGUCAUGUUAUUGUGAUUGUUUUGGUUAUCAUAGUUUCUGAUAUGCACUGUCUGUACAAGAAUCUAUCUUGUAGUUGGUGAAUGUCAUCAAUAGGUGACUACUGUUAUCUAUUUGAUGGAAAUGUCUGCAUCUGAAGCCUUAAAGAAAAAUGAUUGUAUGAAUUCCUCUUGUUCAGCUUUGUCCUUGGUUCUAUGUAUGUUUGCCAAAGGUACUGUGGCGUUGUCAUUUGUGUUUUCAGGGGAGUCUACACUCAGAGCUGUGAAAUGAGUCUUUUAGUAGUCUGAAUCUUCUACAAUCUUGUACAUAUACACCAGUUGUGCUGUUGAUAAUAUUUUAAAAGACCUAUGGCACACUAAUCCCAUCAGGGACAGCAGAUAGACUUUAAGAUGUUAACUGUUGGAAUAUUGACACACUGUUCAAUAAGGAGUGCUGAUAAUGGAGUUAACCAAGAAUCACCAGCUGAAUGAGUGUCGUACAAACCUCAGUUCAUCAUCCAGAUGUUUAGUGCUGCACAGUCAUUAACUAUUCGGUUCAUGUAAUGAGGCACCCGAUGCAACCUGAACCUAACAUGCUGAUGUGUUGUACUUUGCCCACUUUUACUCCAAUCUGAAUUAGGUCUAGCACUUUUAUCAUCACGGAAGGAGGGCAAUUCCAGGAGAUGUAACCAGUUCCACGCUUGAACAAUCAAUACUAAAGUAUUUUUGAAAUGGAUUUGCUUUGCCUUCUUGGAGCGAAAGGGAAGUUCAGACACUAAAGGAAAAUAUUUGAUGGGGUUGUGAAAGUACUGUAUGCCUCAUUCAAGACACUGAGUACACAACGUAUAAAGGAUUGUGACUGACUCAUUUUUAACUGUUACGUCAGACUGGUUAACUCCUGUGUUUUUAUUAAUGUACAUAGUACUAUAUGUAUAAAUGGAGAAAGACAAAGAACAUGCCACUACUUGAAAAUGUUUUUGCUUCAUUCCAAAAAGGCAGUUUUCUUUGUGAAACCUCUGUUUUUCUCCAGUACAGUGUUUUCUCAAUAGACCUGUGAUGUGAAUAUGUA